AUGUCGUCUCCCAGAGAACAGAACCACAGACGUCUCCUCUCCAAGAACAGACCAGAGACGGUGUCCUCUCCCAAUAACAGAUGCAGGGCAAUUAUCGUCUCCCAAGAACAGACCAAGAGACAGUGUCCUCUCCAGAACAGAUCUGAACAGUGUCCUCUCCCAAUAACAGAUCACAGACAGUCUCCUCUCCCAAGAACAGGCGAGACAGUGUCUCUCCCAGAACAGACCACAGACGGUGUCUCUCCAAGAACAGAUCACAGACAGUGUCGUCUCCCAAGGAACAGACCACAGACAGUCUCCUCUCCCAGAGAACAGAUCACAGACAAUUGUCGUCUCCCAAGAACAGACCACAGACAGUGUCCUCUCCCAAGAACAGAUCACAGACGAAUAAAUGCUCCCAAAACAGGCUUACAGACGGUGUCUCUCCCAAGGGCAGAUUACAGACAGUGUGUCCUCUCCAAGAACAGACCAGAGACAGUGCAUCUCUCCCAGAACAGCCACGAACCAGUCUCCCCAGAACCAGAUCACAGACGGUGUCGUCUCCCAGAACAGACCACAGACGGUCUCCACUCUCCCAAGAACAGAUCACAGACAGUGUCGUCUCCCAAGAACAGACCACAGACAGUGUCCUCUCCCAAGAACAGAUCACAGACAGUGUCGUCUCCCAGAACAGACCACAGACAGUGUCCUCUCCAGAACAGAUUACAGACAGUGUGUCCUCUCCACAGAACAGGCCAGAACCCGGUGUCUCUCGAAGAACAGCCCACAGGACAGUCCUCCUCCCCAGAACAGAUACAGACAGUGUUGUCCUCUCCCAAGAACAAGACUGAACAGUGUCCUCUCCCAGGAGCAGAUUUACAGACAGUGUCCUCUCCCAGAACAGACCAGAGACAGUGUCUCUCCCAGGGAACAGACUCUGGAUCACGAAGACAGUGUCGUCUCCCAGAACAGACCACAGACAGUGUCUCUCCCAGAACAGAUUACAGACAGUGUCCUCUCCCAGAACAGACCAAGGGCAGUGUCUCUCCCAGAACAACCCUGAACCAGUCUCCUCUCCCAAGAACAGAUCUGGAGCCAGUGUCAUCUCCCAGAACAGACCACAGACCAGUCUCCUCUCCCAAGAACAGAUCACAGACAGUGUCGUCUCCCAGAACAGACCACAGACAGUAUACUCCCAAGAACAGAUCUGAAGACAGUGUCGUCUCCCAAGAACAGACACAGACAGUGUCCUCUCCCAAGAACAGAUUACAGACAGUGUCCUCUCCCAAGAACAGACCAGAGACAGUGUCCUCUCCCAAGAACAGACCACAGACAGUCUCCUCUCCCAAGAACAGACCACAGACAGUGUCCUCUCCCAAGAACAGACCACAGACAGUGUCCUCUCCCAAGAACAGAUUACAGACAGUGUCCUCUCCCAAGAACAGACCAGAGACAGUGUCCUCUCCCAAGAACAGACCACAGACAGUCUCCUCUCCCAAGAACAGACCACAGACAGUGUCCUCUCCCAAGAACAGACCACAGACAGUGUCCUCUCCCAAGAACAGGCCACAGACAGUCUCCUCCCAAGAACAGACCAGAGACAGUGUCCUCUCCCAAGAACAGGCCACAGACAGUCUCCUCCCAAGAACAGACCACAUACUGUGUAUUCUCUCAAAAAAAGACCACGGACAGUCUUACACAGGUGCAGUCGGCAAAAGGAAUAACUAA